GGUGUUUUUGUGUCUCAAAGAAAAAAAUAUGCAUAAAGCAUUAUUGGUUUUGUGUAUAGCUGGAUUGGCCUUUAUGUCCAAUGCAGCCGAAAGCGAUGUUUUGGAAUUGACCGAUGAAAAUUUCUUAUCCGUCCUUAGUGAGCAUUCCACUACAUUAGUCAUGUUUUAUGCACCAUGGUGCGGCCAUUGUAAAAGACUAAAACCCGAAUAUGCCAAGGCCGCCGAAAUCGUUAAAGAUGACGAUCCACCAAUUACAUUGGCCAAGGUUGAUUGUACUGAGGCUGGAAAGGAAACAUGUAACAAAUUCUCCGUCAGCGGCUAUCCAACAUUAAAGAUUUUCAAGGGCGAAGAAGUCUCGCAAGACUACAACGGCCCUCGUGAGGCAGCAGGUAUUGCCAAAUAUAUGCGCGCUCAAGUUGGUCCUGCUUCUAAAGAAGUAAAAUCUGUCGAGGAAUUAGACAAAUUCCUUGCAGCCAAAGAAACAACAAUUUUCGGUUACUUCAAAGACGCCAACUCCAAACUGGCCAAAACCUUCUUGAAAUUCGCUGACAAAAAUCGUGAAAAAUACCGCUUUGGACACAGCAGUAAUGCCGAGGUUUUGGAAAAAGCUGGUGAAAGCGAUGCCAUUGUCCUCAUCCGGGCUCCUCAUUUAGCCAAUAAAUUUGAAGAAUCCACUGUCAAGUUUGACGGAUCAUCCGAAUCCGAUCUGACCACUUUUGUUAAAGAAAAUUAUCAUGGAUUAGUCGGUCACCGUACUCAAGACACUGUACGUGACUUCAAAAACCCCCUGAUUACCGCCUACUACGGUGUUGACUACGCUAAGAAUCCCAAAGGUACCAAUUACUGGCGCAAUCGUGUACUUAAGGUAGCAAAGGAAUUUGCUGGCAAAUUGUCCUUUGCUAUUUCUUCUAAAGAUGAUUUCCAACACGAACUUAACGAGUACGGUUACGAUUUCGUCGGUGACAAACCAGUUAUUUUGGCUCGUGAUGCCAAGAACUUGAAAUACGCUCUGAAGGAGGAGUUCUCUGUAGAGAACUUACGUGAUUUUGCAGAAAAAUUAUUGGAAGGCGAACUGGAACCUUACAUUAAAUCCGAACCCAUCCCUGAGGAUAAUAGUGCUCCUGUCAAAGUUGCCGUUGCCAAAAACUUCGAUGAUGUUGUCAUCAACAAUGACAAGGACACCCUGAUCGAAUUCUACGCUCCAUGGUGUGGCCACUGCAAGAAAUUGGCUCCAGUCUACGAUGAGUUGGCUGAAAAAUUGCAAGAUGAAGAUGUAGUUAUUGCCAAAAUGGAUGCUACCGCCAACGAUGUUCCACCAGAAUUCAAUGUACGCGGAUUCCCUACACUUUUCUGGUUGCCUAAAGACUCCAAGAAUAAGCCUGUAUCCUACAAUGAAGGCCGCGAAGUAGACGAUUUCAUUAAAUUUAUUUCGAAACACGCUACUAAGGAACUGAAAGGUUACGACCGCAGCGGUAAACCUAAAAAGACAGAAUUGUAAAUUCUAACAAAAGUAUAAAGUAAAUUUAAUAUUGCCAGAAGGCAGGAACUUCAUCCACAUUUCCAUUAUACGUAUUUGUUCUCAAAAGUAUCCUAGAGCAU